CCUCACAUAUAAUGAAGCGGUUUUAUGAGACAAAAUUCUUUCGGCAGUUUAUACCUUUUAUGAUACUUGUUAUAGGAGGUUCUUUUUUUGUGGAACAAUUUACAAAAAUAAGAUAUAAGUACAGGACAACUGAACAAUUCGACUUUAGAAAAGAGACGGCAGCGCACGGUAUUGUAAUGAAUAAACCCGCUACGCUUGAAGAAGAAUAUGAAAAAAUAAAAACAUUGGACCUUGAUAACUGGGAGAAUGUUCGAAUAUCAAGACCAUGGGAGGAACCAAAUAGUACAAGCAACUGA